GUCUUUCCGACUGAUUGAGUGGAAGCUUCGUACAUGUGUGCGCGAGAUUCACAAGCUAGCUAAAACAAAGUUAGAAAAUUUUAGUUAUAAAAUUCAAGCUACAGAAAACUUUCUCAAAUACAAGCUAUUAUGGCAACUCAAACAACUGAUCAACAAAAUGCUCUUAAAGACGCCAUGGCUCGAGCCAAACAGAUUGCUGCUAAACUUGCACAACAGGCAAACACAGCUCCUACAGAUGUUACUGGAACCGAUGGUGACUCUCGUAAAAGAGGUCUCCCAGAUUCAUUUAAUGUUAUGGGUACUGAAGCUAAAAAACCAGCUAUGCAAAUGACAAACUUAGCUGUUGACCACACAGAUCCAAAGGUCAUUGCUCAGCAAGUAGCAAACAGUCUUGUGCAGAGGGCUGGACUUGGUUCAAUGAUUGUGGAAGAAGUGACCAUACCAAAUAAACUAGUUGGAUUAGUUAUUGGAAGAGGUGGUGAAAUGAUAAAUAAAUUACAGACAGAUUCUGGUGCUAAAAUUCAGGUUGCACCUGAUCCACCACCAGAGAUGGCACAUUUUGUUCAAGACAGACAGAUCACAAUCACAGGCACAACCGAUGCUGUUAAUAAGGCAAAGAAUUUAAUCGAAGAAAUAAGGAUGGAUGGAAAAGUUCCAGAGAGACUGGUCAUGAGUGGUGGAGGUGGUGGUGAAUUUUCUACGGAUAUGAUGAUUGCUGCUGGCAAAGUUGGCCUCGUAAUAGGUAAAGGAGGUGAAACUAUCAAGAGCCUGCAAGAGAGAGCUGGUUGCAAAAUGGUAUUGUUUCAAGAUAACGAGUAUGCAAACGCACCUGAAAAACCUUUGCGCAUUAGUGGAGAACAAUCCAAAGUCUUGUAUGGAAAGCAACUAGUUCAAGAUCUGUUAACAAUGAAAGAGCUAGAGACAAUCAACCCUCACAAAAAACAUUUAGAAGGUGGAAAUACAUAUGAAGAGGUUCAAGUACCUCGAGAUGCGGUUGGUUUUGUUAUUGGAGCUAAAGGAGCAAGUAUCAAUAUGAUACAGCAGCAAAGUGGUUGUCGAGUGCAAUUCAAAAAUGACAUGGAAGGUGAUUUUAAAAUUGCAAUGCUUACUGGAAAUCCACAGCAAGUAGCAAUGGCAAAGGCUAAACUAAAUGAAAUUCUACAAUCUCACCAAGACAGAAGAGGUGGAGGAAAUUGGCAGGGAGUUCGAGGACCAAGACCAGCCUGGGGCCAACAAGGUGGGCAUUUUAAUGGUGCUCCAAGACCUAAUUGGAGUGGUCCUGGAGGUAAUCAGGGCCCAAGAUGGGGUGGACCAGCACCUCGGGGUAACUUUGGUGGUCAAGGUGCUCUGCCACCAGGACAUAAGCACAUGGUUAUUCAUGUACCAGCGAAUAAAUGUGGAUUGGUUAUUGGAAAAGGAGGAGAAACAUUAAAGCAUAUACACAACGAAACAAAAGUAAAUAUUGAAAUCAAUCGAGAAGUACCGGAAGUCUCCCCCUUUAGGGUUUUUCAUUUGAGAGGUACCGAUGAACAAAUACAGCAGGCUACAGAAAUCAUUCGUGAAAAAAUCGGGGAUCCUAGCGUUGUUGCCAAACCUGCUGAUGAAAGUCAAAGCGGAAACACAGGUCAAGGCGAGUAUGGAGGUGGGCAUGGUAGUGGAUGGGGAGGUGCACAGAACCAACAGUGGGGAGGUCAACAAGCUGGUUGGGGACAGCAACCUGGUCAAAAUCAGUGGAAUCAACAAGGUUGGAAUCAACAACCUGGUGCUGCUGGCUGGAAUCAACAGCAGGGUGUACCACAAGCAUGGGAUCAACAGCAACAAUGGCAGCAACCUCAACAAGGUCAAUGGCCAAACCAACAGUACCAGCAAUGGGGACAACAACCACAGGCACAACCUGCUGCUGCACAAACUGGUACGCCUGGUGCAGAUCCAGCACAGGCAGGUCAACAGGCAGGUGGACAACAAGACUAUAGUGCUGCGUGGGCUGCUUACUAUCAACAACAAAGCCAAUACUAUCAACAAUAUGCUAUGCAACAGCAGCAACAACCAACUUCGACUUCUGCUACAUCCACUACUGAUCCAUCAACGGGUGCCGUAGUAGCUCCAACAUCUGGGACUGCAGCUACUACUGCUGGUCAAGCACAGACCAUGGCUGACUAUCAGGCAAAACUAGCGGAAUAUUAUAAGUCGUUUGGACAACAAUCACAACAACCUCAACAACAACAACCACCUCAAUAAGAUUAUGGCAGAGAAGGUGAUAAUCAGGUGUCGAUGGCAUAGUUAAGCGCUAAUGGUAAAUUUUUGUCCUGCAAUGAGUAGUAGCAUGUCCAAGUUGUUGUAUAGUGUGUUUACUGCCAAUAUCUCCUCACUUUAAUAACAAAAAAUUAAACUGUAAGAGAUAAGUUUGUCAAAUGUGUCGCCUAGUCUUAGCCUAGUUUUAAGGUGUACUUAUCUAAAUUGUGAUAGUUAUGGUUGUCCUAUUUCAAGAGGCGUAUUCCCAUUUCGCAGUUCCAGCGUAGGGCUUAAAACUUUGAUUCGAUGAAUUUCAGCUUAAAUACGUUUUGUUUAUUGCGAACAUAUUUUUCGUCCAGUUUUCUUAAUAAUGAUAAUCGCCCAGUAUCCAUUUAGUACUACUGAUAAAGUGGGAAUUAGCCUUUGGUGAAUAAGCUCCAUCUUAUAUUCGUUGUUGGAAAUUCAUCUCAGUAUAGUAUGUUAUUAUUUGCCUAAAAGUUGGGUAGGAUUGGGUACCAUAAAGUUGAGCAAUUAAAUGCGCUAAGUAAGUUUGAAUAGUUGUUUUGUUUGGUCAGCCAUCAUGAAAAUCCUUCCAUGUGCUAUUUAUAAGCAGUUUUCCAAUCUUCUUUUCCUUCAAGAAGGCUGAAAAAUUUUGUGAUAUUUUUAAUAUAUACAAUUACAUCAUUUGAAAGCUCUCAAAAAAGGUACAAUAUCAAAAUUAAGUCUUUCUAGGCAAUGGCCUAUUGAGAAUGCAACUAGGUCAAAAACGACUUCAGUUAUUUAGUUAUACCGUUGUUUAUUUUAAAAUCCUUUACUUAUGAGAGUAUUUAUUUUACAAUUCUUUAUUUUAGUAUUUCUUAUUUUCUUCAUUAGGAGGUCUUAAUACCUGAUAAAAGAUAUAACGCUUAAAUUAAGCACAAAAUCGACAAAAGAUGUUAAAAAGUGCAUGCGUUUCACUUGGCCUUUAAAAUUACAGAAACUCUUAACUCUUGGUGCCCAUUUCUAUCUAACUACGAGACUUGACUUGUGUAUUCAGAGUAAAAAAGUAUGGAACUCCUGUGCAAAUUUGGGAAACAUUUUCCCCAUUUUUUUCACGCAAACCUGCAGAGAAAUGUCAUAAUAGGUCAAACGUAAUUUAACAAGCACAAAAUAAAAAGCUAAUAGCUAGAAGAAAGCAUACACCACAAAUACAUUGAAUCAAAAACACAACAGAAAUUGCUUCAAGACAGUUAUUUCUCUUAAUACAUAAAUUCAUUGUGAAAAAUAUUAGUUUGGAAUUCGCACCUUGUUCUAUGUUUUUUUUCUCUCUGCAAAAGUCUUAACACGACUUUAAAAAUCGCAUGAGUUGUUAACGCUUUUAAAUAAAUUUUGGCUCCAUUUGUGUGAAGUUACUCUAGCUUAAUAUGAAGUCCGCGCUGAGCUUUCUGGUCUUAUUCGGCAUUGCUGAGGCCAUUGCUGAGUUUAAUUUCAGUUGUAUCUCAUUUUAAAAAAGCUGGU